AUGCCUUUCCCUGACGCAUCUAUCUCUGGAGCAUCUUUUCAAGUUACCAACUCGCAAAGGAUUGAAGAACAUCAUGAUAUCUCUGUCAAACGAAGGGAACGAGUACGUUGCAAAAAUAAAAGUCACGUUGCAAAGUUGAGCGAAGCUGAGUCUCGAGAUACGGAUGAGCAUGAAUUAAUUGAUGAGGAUACGAUUCUCUCCCUAAGAAGAGAAAAUUUCUUUUUUGAUAAGUGUUUUUUGCUAGUUCUCGGAAGCAGUAUACUUGGCACCAGUCCGUGCAGUUCGGGGGUGAGCAUCGAAUCGCCACCUGUUUGGAGUCCUCGUGGAAGCCCUCCAGCUGCGGGUCAACUCUUUAAGUUGUCGGAGCAAACAGACAACUCAUCAGUACCACUCUCUUCUAGUGAUUCCCCAGCAAUUGGAGGGCGGAAAGUUUUUCUUCCAGAUUCCGAAAUCGAUACAUGCGACCAAUGCGAGGCAGAUGUUCAUCUUACCAAAUCUGAACCUUCAGAGGAAUCCUUAGAAGGAGCAGAAUCGGUCACAACAGCUUAUGAGUACCUUUUGCUAAAGAGCUCAGCAAAUCCGACAACAUCUGAGUUAAAAUUUUCUGAAACAGAUUUGAAGCAGUUCUAUAGUGGGUUCGGUUACGGCAUGUGUUUUGUAAAUCUCAUUAACAUCACUCAAAAAUUCUUUAAACUUCUUAUGCGAGUUUAUUAA